CGAGUCGGGUUAAUGUAAAGGUAAAAUGAUAAGCUUAUCGGAUUAUCAGGAGCCCCGACUUCCCCCGAUGUUUAACCCGGAUCCGUUCAUAUGACCUCUCACUCGGUUCAACAUCUCUCAAACCAAUCUCUGCUUUGAAAUCCUCACACCACAACUAAAUCAAGCUAUAUUAUACUGAAUCAAUCUCACUAUCAGAUUAUCAUUUUCAUAUUCGUGUGUUUAGAUUGUAGAAAUCUUCAUGUCGAGAAGACGUAACGUCAUUGUAGCCGCAGGCUUACUAGCUUUUGCAAGUGCGGGUUUAGCGUUCCCAUUUUACAUGGCGACUAGGUCAUCAAAGGCUCCGAUUAUUGAUUCAUCAAAACCACUACCACCUCAAGCAACUUUCCGGGGACCUUAUAUCAAUAGCGGAUCGCGUGACGUCGGGCCCGAUUACCAGACUUAUUCGAAGAAAUAAUACGUAGGUACUUUUUUUCCUAUAUACGCAUUGUUAUGUAUCCACAGAACAAUUGCCAUUAGUUUGGACCUACUGGACUAAUAAUGUUUGGAACUGAAAUGAUUUUGCACACCUCUGGUCUCAGUUUUUAGUUUUUACUAUUUUCUCUUCGCAUAACAGUUGGCAUUAACCCUUUUGAUCUCUCAUACAUUACUCCUUUUUAGCUGACUUUUUUUUCGUUUAACUCGUUUGACCCGUGAGUGAUGAAACUUGCUAUGACCCAUAUUCUGUAUGAAAACCGUGCCCAGAGGCACAUCAUGAACCGGGUCGAAAUUUGCAUUAGCUUUUGAGGCUGCCAGUGCUCGACACGCAGGAUCACCGCCCUUUGAUAUCACACGUCCAGCAACAAGAAGCCUUGAACAAUGGUGUGCAGAUAGAUUGAUACACCGAGAUCGCAUUAGGUUUUGGGGCCCUAGUGCGCGCCGCACAGAACAACCACCCAAAGAAAUCGGUAUGUACAGCAACAAGAAGCUUUGACCAAUGGUGUAGACAUGUUGAUGGUCUAGUUUAACUGGUUUUAACUAAAGUUCUUAGCUUAACCAUUGGUUACGAUUCCGAAAAGCGAUGAAGCAACCAAUUGGUUGUUAACUGGUAUACAAGAGGUAAGGUUGAAGGGUUGGUGAUGGUGUUAGCAAAAGAAGAGGAUUUUUUAAUAUCUUCACAUUUUGUAAAUGUAAAUAAUAGAUAACUAGCGGUUUUUCACCGCGCUACGCUGCGGGAAUUAAGUUGGUAUCGGUUCGGUUU